CUCAGUUUGUCAUUUGCACGCGCUUACGCCGGUUGGCCGCCCAACAAAAACAAGGCUGUAGAAUAAAAAAAACCGCCUGACCGACCGCUCGCGUGUUUUUAGUUUUAGCAGCUAAUAUAAAUACAUAAAUGCGACUAUUUACUUGGGCAAUUUGCGACUAAGAUAAGAAACACCUUGAAAGAUAAGGCUGGAGCGAAACGGUCUAUAAUCGGCAGUUCUACGGAACGCUCACGGCAGAGAGCAGUGCACAGUAGAGCGGACGGUAAACACAACUAGAAAAUGAACAAAGAGUGGACCGGAGAAUAGAGAAGGCGAAACGAGCGAGGGCGCGCAAAAGGCACCAGUUAAUAUGAGUGAAUAAUUGGCCACAGGCGGAUCAGUCGACCAAUCAUGCGGAAUAUCAGAAAUCUCAAGGAUCCGACGACAUGGACGCGGAUUCUCCUGCCGCUCCUCUCCUGCCUACUCCUCGCUGUCCGGGCGGAUCUGGUGAAUGUCACCUGCGGGGAGUACGGCAAUACCAUCACUUGCGACUGCAAUAACUCCGACCAGACCAUGGGCUUGCCAUCGUUGCGCGGAAAUGUCUACAUUAUUGAGAUCCGCAAUUGCCGCGAUCUUCUGGUGGAGGCCAAUCGGCUGGCGAACACGAUGGGCCUGCGCAAGGUGGUCUUCCGCCAGGUGGGCCAACUGGUGCUCCGGGAGCACGCGCUCAGUGUGCCGCGAUAUGCCAGCAAUAAGGCACUGAUCGUGGAGUUCGAGCAGACGAACCUCAAGCUGAUCGAAUCGCAUGCCAUCAACGGCAACAUCGAGGAGAUCUCGUUCGUGGGCGGGCGGAUUGAGCUAAUGAAGCCUUUCGGGUUCACCACCACCAAGGAUAGUGCCAUACUGCUCAAGCUGGACGGGGUCACCAUUCAGCGCAUCGAGAGUCAAGCCUUUAAGAAAUUCGCCGUGGAGCAGAUGAGCAUCGCCAACUGCCAAUUCCUGGGCGAUCUGCCCACGCGCGCCUUCUACGAGCUCGAAGUGACCAACGAGCUGAGUCUGCGAGGUAAUCAGUUCCAGGAGGUCCACUCCCAUGCCUUCUCCUUCAAGCUUGUCUCCAAGUUAAGCCUGAGUGAUAACCAUUUCCUGUCCGUGGAUGGUGAGUGGUUGGAAGCCCAAAUCAGAGAUGCGGCGACAAUACGAGGGAACGAGUUCGGGGCCACCAGUGAGAUUGCCUUUCGCAGCCUCACCGUUCAUCGUUCGUAUCAGUUGAGCGAGCGUCUGGAGCUGCGUUUCCACAACAACAGUCUGCGCAGUUCGCGACCAGGUGCAGAUCUUCGGGUCGAUGGCACCGCCGAGAAUGUGGCACCACAACCCCUCCGAUUCGACAAUAGCUUCGCGCUCAACGUACGCGAUAUCCGCUAUGAUAAUGCCUGGAGCUGCGAGCAGCUGGACAGGAAUGUGGAGCCACCAUUGCCGCGAGCGGAGUUCUUCCGACUGCACAGCGAUCAGCUGAUGUUCCAUCCGCCCGAUUUUGGCGGACAAGGCCAAAUCCAGCCGUAUAUCCCACUGCGAUCCCUGAUCACGGAUGAGUGCCGGGAGCGCAGCUAUCUGGCCUAUAUUAUCUCGGGUAGUGUUCUUCUGGGACUGCUGCUGCUCGUCCUGAUACUUUUGCUGUGGUGGCGCGUAGUCCAGAAGCGACGACGUCGCAAGCUGGACGUAGUGCAGCCAGAACCGCGCACUUACAAGGAAACCCAGAUCGUAUACCAAAUCGAGAACGCUGGCCUGCUAAAGACUGAUUUGUAGACGCCAAGGAAAGACACAUCAUAGAUCACAGAUGCCUGUUUUGCACUGUUUUUCAGUACCAUAGCAGAGCAUCUACGCACAAGAGACACAGAGCUGAAUGAAGCUAGAGGAGCGGUGGGCGGUGGAAUGGUUGGAGCACCAUUGCCAUCAUUAUCACCACCGAUCAUACGGAACCACCAAUGCGUGACCUUUCGCUGUACCAAAACCAUAGCCUACAGUUAGUCGUAAUAUAUCUUAAUCUAAUUAUUCAUAACUCGCAAUGUUCGUCAGUUGUAAGUGGCCCAUGUAUAUAGUCGCAUGUAGGCUGGGAUCUUGCCCAGAAAUAUCCAGGUGGGUUAGCCAUAUCCCACCAAAUACGUAUAUGGAAUAAAUCAAUUUAAAGCCAAAA